GCAAUGACCAGUUGAUUGCAGCGCUUCAAGCGAGACUGAAGCGAGCUUUAAGCGAGCUCCGUGCUUGCAGGCAAAGCGAGAAUGCAACUGCGACGGAGAGGCCGCAUUUCAGCUGUGAUCUGAAGGAUCAUGCUGAUGUUUUGGGGCCUCAUCUUGAGGAAGCUUGCGUCACACCGAGCAGAACGACCAGGCUCAACAAUGUUCAGGCCAACUCAACGCCUGCAUCUGGCAUGGAAGAGGUCGAUCGGAAGCUCACAGAGGAGCUGAGCAUGGCGAAGGCGUUAUUGAUGCUGAACAACGUCUCUCUUUGCAUGGACCUAGACGAAGGAGCCGAGGACCUAAGCGCUGCAGAUGUUGUCCGGCUGAAAGGCAAGUUUCGAAGUGACUCGCUGUUUUGCUCGUGCAAGCGCAGAAGGGUGCUGAAAAGGAUGUCUAUGUCUUUAAUGUGUUGUUAG